GUGAGAGUGUAAGUAAACAGUAGACACUACAGUACUAGUGUUGACCGGCUGGGCAUGUUAUGGAUGUGUGUGUUUUUGUUGUCUGUAGGAAACACCGUUAAUGUUGUUAAAGCGUGCGUUCAUGUUAAUGUUGCAUACUAAUUAAUGAAUGCUGUAUAGUGAAACGGUGAUACUACUUAUACUACCAGGAAGGGAGGACUUUUAUGUAGAGAAAACACUUUUAUGCAAGCAUGUCACAGAAGGGCCAGAAGAAGCCUUCAGAGGCAUUGAAAAAGGAGGACAUACUGCAGGCAGUGCUAAUAACGGACGAUUUCAGUGCAGCUUUUGAACCGAUAACAUUUUACAAACCAGCCUCACUCCUUCCAUUGGUAAAUACAACCCUCCUGGAUUACACAUUGGAGUUCUUAGCACUUGGUGGCGUUCAAGAAGUGAUAGUUUUCUGUUGUUCUCAUACAGAUGAAGUAAAAAACCAUAUAAAGAAAAGCAAGUGGAAUGACAGCCUGUCUCCCAUAACUAUAUCAGUUAUAAUAUCUGAAGGAUGUAGAUCACUGGGGGAUGCAAUGAGAGACUUGGAUGCAAAAGGAGUAAUAAGAAGUGACUUCAUUCUCCUUUUUGGUACCACUGUGGCCAAUCUCCAUUUUCACCAAGCUCUGGAAAUACAUAGGAAGUUUCAGAAGCAAGACAAAGGAGCAGCUAUGACAUUAUUGUAUAAAGAAGCCGGUCCAAAGCACAAGUCUCGCUCACGAGAAGAUGAAACGGUAAUUGCUGUUGACCACACUACCAGCAGAAUUGUAUUCCACCAGAAGGUGGGGCAGUUAAAAAGGAUCAACUUCCCAUUGGAAACGUUUAUGGAUCAUUCACAGGUGGAAGUUCUAUAUAACCUCCAAGACACACAGAUCUGUAUUUGCUCUCCUGCAGUCCCACCAUUGUUUUCAGACAACUUUGAUUUUCAAACACGUGAUGACUUUGUACGUGGGUUGCUUAUGAAUGAAGAGAUACUGUCAAGCACAAUUUACUACCACAAACUGCAGGGGCCAGAAUAUGCCUCUCGGGUUAGCAACUGGCACAUGUAUCAAGCAGUCAGCCAUGAUGUAAUUCAUCGAUGGACGUACCCUCUGGUUCCUGAUAGUCCAUUCAGUAAACAACAGGAACCUUACAUGUUUCUGCGGCACCAUGUGUAUCGUAAGAAAGAUAUUACAUUAGGCAUGGGCUGCAUUCUGGAAGAAGAUGUUGUAAUAGAUGAGGAAACAAAUGUAGGAGAAAAAACUUACAUUACACAGUCUGUCAUUGGUAAAAACUGUACAAUUGGGAAGAAUGUAGUUAUGACCAAUGCUUACAUUUGGGACAAUGUGAUUAUUGAAGAUGGCUGUCUUGUCUCACAUUCAGUAGUUGCAAAUGAUUCAGUAUUAAAGAAGGGCUCAAAACUGGAAGAAGGCUGUAUACUGGCACCAGGAGUUGUUGUUGAGGAGGAGUCUCAUUUUAAAGGUGUAAACCUCGUAGCCAGCGCUGUGGUAGUAAAAGAUGAUUUUGGACAUGAUAAAGUUGUGAAAGUCGAGAAGAAAGGUGAGAAGUCAUAUGUCAUCCAACCGUCAUAUGAUUCUGAGUCUGAAGAGGAUGUUAGCAAUCUACAUGAUUCUGGCUUCUACACAAAAUCUGAUGAAGAAGAAUAUGAUGGUUACAGUGAAGAAUCAUCAGGGAGUGAGGAAAUCUCGUAUAGAGCGUCCCCUGUUCCAGAUGACACAAGUUUGUUCUACAAUGAAGUUCUGGAUUCACUUACAAGGGGUUUUGAUGACAAACUGCACUGUGAUAAUCUCAUCCUUGAAAUAAAUUCUUCUCGAUACGCAUAUAAUGUCACCAUGGAUGAAGUUAAUUAUCAUGUGGUGCGAGCUGUGUUGAACUUGUCAACAGAGUCUUCAGCUCAGGCUUAUCUUACAGAGCUUCAGAUGCAUUUGAAGUACUUCAUGCCCUUGUUUAAAAAUUACUUGCGGAAUGAGAGUGCACAGAAAGAAUGUCUGAAGGCAAUGGAGUACACAGCAGGCUGCAGAAGUGAAGUGCUGGAAGUGAUUUUAAAAAUUCUGAAAUGGCUGUAUGAUGCCGAUGUUCUUGAUGAAGACAUUAUAUUACAAUGGUAUAAGUCACCAGAUGAAGCAUCCACUGUCUCUGAUGUUGUUAGGAAGAAAGUUGAGCCAUUUAUUGAUUGGCUUCUAGAGGCUGACGAAGAGACAAGCAGUGAAGAUGAAGAUGAAGAUGAAGAUGAAGACUGAACACUUGUAAAAUUAUAAAACAUUACACAAAACCAUUUGCUGUAUUAUUUAUAAAUCCUUUUCCUAUCUGUUAUCAAAUAAAAUUAUAAGUACAGUGGUAA